AUGACGAUGCUACAGCUUGCGCUGUUGGGAUCCUUAUGCAUUCCUGCUGCCGGUUCAGAGGAUUGCCACGAUCAGGCGCAAGUUGGGCUUAUGCAGCUGAAGACAUCGAGAGCCUUCGACUUGGACAGGGAAGCCCAAGUGUCGUCCUGGGGUAAGUCUUCCCCCAAGACACCAGCGCCAAGCACCCAAGGGGCAACACCUGCUGACACAGUGCGUCAGUUCUGCAAUGCCACGGGCCUUCUGGACAUGCACGGUGCCUUGCAGAACGGGGGGGAUGCCGCUCAGUCGUCAAUGGAGGAAAUCGUGCUUCAGUCCGUUGCGCAAAGCGUCGAGGUCAACAACGUUGACAAGGUGGCAAAAGACAUGCCUGACUCUGUUUUUUGGCAUUUGGCUCGACAGGAGCUGGCCGCGGACCUUCUGGAGGCUGUUGUAGACAAGCAAAAACAUGUAGAGCAGGCCAUCGCGGAGCUGUACCAAACCUAUAAGUUCGUGCCAUUGCUUUGCUCUAACAACAUCAAUGUCUUCGAUGAGAAGGACCCCCAGGACCACACUUACUUCAAAGCCUUCGAGGGGCGAAUAUCAAGACUGAUGAAGUGGCUUGAUAAGCAUGGGAAUGGUACUGUCGCACAAAAACUUGCAUCGGCGGAUGAGAUCUUCUGUGGUUCCGCAAACAUGAACGAGCCCUCAUGCGGCCGCAAGCAGAAGUUUGACGAGUGGAUGAACCGCAUGACAAGCGGCUUCGGUUCCUGGCAGUGGGAUGCCGCGAGCAGCGAGGAAAAGUGGAGUGCAAUGGCCUCGAUCUUCGCUUCAUUCGGGAGCGAUGCACCAGGUACGCCUGACUGGACAAAGGACAUGAAGACCUGGAAGACGACUUUCCCUUACCACAGCUUCGUCAGCAAGCAGUCCGGCAUGCCCUCGGCUUCAUCGCCUUCCUCGAAGCAGCGCUUCCUCGCUUGCUUCGGAAAGCGUGUCGCAAGCGAGCUCCAUCGCCGGCCUUCCGGACGGUAUGUGCUGACCGAUCAGAACAACUUGGGCUGCCAUGGGUUCUGGGAUGCGGAGGAGCUCACCGACAUGCUGGAGAGAACCGUGGCAUUGUGGCGGCCUCCGACGUGCCAGAUGGCACUCAUGACUUAUGACAUCAAGCGCAAGAUCUUGCUAAUGUAUUCCCAGAUGAGUAAGACCUUGUUCAAAGCUCUGCCUUCCAUGGUGAACGACGAGGAGUUGAGCGAACGAGGUCUCUUGACCUCCGCAGUCGAAGGUCCAGGGCCCUUCGACCCUAGCCAGGUCAUUGAAAAUGCUGUUCACUAUGUUGAUGGCAUGCGAGUGAAGGCCAAAGCGGCUUUGCGCUGGCCAGUGGGCUGUGAGCCAAGCUGGUUCACAAGCACAAAUGCCUGCGAAUUGGAGGUGGAAGAGGGAGAGUAUGGCACUGUACAGAACACCCAGGGCAAGUUAGCCGUGGUGUGGGAUCAGGAUGAGAAAUCGCAGCGAAGACUCGUCCGAGCAAAGGAUCUUGCUGUGGUUCCUCGCGGCUGGGGACCAUCAAAGACUCUCUCCUCAAGAGCUUGGGACAUGGUGUCGGGCAUCGGCAGUAGCAUCUCCAGCACUGCCGAAAGCUUGGUUGCCUCUUUGUAUAGCCCUCGACAGACAAGAUUGGCGCAGUUGUUCAGCGGCUCCGUGUCCAAGUGGAUCGUGUGCCCCAUUCGAAACGAUGCCGACUUGGAGGCCUUGGACAGCCAGCUUGGCGUCGAAGAUCCGGCGAUGCAGGACCUUCAGGAAGAGGCCUACUCUUCCUGGACAGGUCAUUCCGCAGCUGUUUCCGGCCAAAGCUGCACUACUCCGAGUUUCGAUGCGGCGCAAUUCCCGAAGAGCCAGAGCUGUGAAAUCUCUGAGUUGCACUCUGAUCAUCCCGAAAAAUACACUCAGAAUGGAGUUGCAGAGCCUUUCCUCUGCCCGGCGAAAGCCCUUCUCCCCGCCAGCGAGCAACUGGAUGUAUUGCUAGCGAAACGUGGACAAUGCUUUCUUCACAUGACUUCAGAGCAACUCCGACACUACCAGUGGAUGCACAACGGCGAUUUUCCGGCAAGGAGGCAGUAUGACCGGAAGCCGAACCUUCCUCGAGUUGAGUAUGAGCUUAUCAAGCUACUCCGUGUCCCACAAAGCGGCGCCGGUGAAGUCUCCUAUGCAAGAAGCUGCAGCCCGGAGGCGAUGCAACGAAGCCCUCGUUUCUGUCGCGCGACGCGAUUCCACAACAAGUGGGCGACCUUGACAGAGAUUGCGAGCAUUCUCGGCUCUGCAGCUGUUGGGUCCGUGGCAAUGGGCACAGCCUCUAUCACCAUGACACUCAGCUCUUACGGACAAAUAUUGAGUAAAGAAGGUUCCGCGGGCGAGAAGAUAAAGGAGUCUGCGACUUAUCUUGGCGAAGAUUUGUGGGACAGUCUGACAGGCGCAGGCCGAUUGAUGACUUCUGCAGCAACAUCUGCUGUGAACUCAGUCGCAUAUGAACUGCCCGGCAGCAAGCAGCGACAGCAGCGCAUGGAAGAUGAGAUCUUCCAAACCGCUGAUGCAGCUCUUCUGCUGCACUCGCUUUCUUUUCAGGACUCGAUCGGUUCCAGCGGCCACACAUCAAACUCAAAAGAGCGCUACCAGAGGUACGUGGUGACAAUGCCGUGUGAGGACUUCGAUCCUGCUCUAGAGUACUCCACCAAGGAGCUCUGGAGUCGGGUGGUUCUGAAGAUGAUCCAGUCUGCCUUUCGAAAUGGCCUUGCGGAUGCGCUGAGCACCCCCGUGCCCAAGCUUACCCUGCGUGGCGAGAGUCGACUCUUCUUGCGAGAAAACUCGAAGAUUGAUGAUUCCGACUGGCUCACAUACGGAGCUUCCGUGACUUUGCAAGGUGCAUCGGGGGAGGCUUUGGCCAAAUGCAGCACCCAAAGCUGGUGGGCGUGCAGCGGUCAAUGCGAGCGUUCCGGAUUAAGCUGUGUUCCCAAGGACAAAGUUUCCACGAACGGCUUCUGGAGAACUGCGGACCCAACACUGAUCUCCACUGUAGCACCUAGCUCGCUGCCGGCCGCCACGGACACCAACGUCUACGGCAUCUCCGUGUCCUUCUACUGCGGCGCGAAGAAGUCCUUCAAAGACGACGGCUCUGGGCCGUCCUCGGGGCCCUUGCUGCAGUGCCUCAAGGAGGGCGUGAAAACCAACGCGCAUCUCCGAGCAGCAUCGCCUUGGAAGCUGUACUUCCCGGACGAGGUGAUGGUCCUCGCAAUAUUCAGCUCUUUGGAGGAAGCCCAGUGCACCGAAGUGCCCGGUGCUCCUGGCAAGCUCUGCUCGGGAGCCACGAAGGUGCCGGACCUGGAUGCCCACCUGAUUCCAGGAGAUAAGAAGUCGACGGAUGGCGUCUACCAGGGGACACGCUCGGGAUCUGGGUUUCCGAAGGGAACCCCCUACGAGAUCACGCUUCGUCCUGAGGAUCUCCUGGAAGCCGCUGGCAUCCUUCAGCGUCUCUGA